AUGGCGACACCCUCCACGGACGACGCAGAGAGUCAGCGGCCGUCGACUUCGCGCCCUUCCCAAGACUCACUCUCUUCCGUAUCAACAACAAGUCUUGUCUUCGAUCGAAUUCAACAAGAGAUGGACAGGGACCCUUCGGCCAGCCGUACUGGUGCACGAGACUUGUCGCUCACGACCAAAGAUGAGGGCGACUACGAGGACGCCUCUGAGACGGGCGCUUUCCUCGGACAGCCAGGCGUGCCAUUGCAACAGAAGCCAAUGGACAGGGGCCUCCGGCGAGUCUUGACAAUCAUCGCUGCUGUUUUCGUUGGAGCUUGGCUUGCCGGGCCAGGCGUUUUUCUCCUCUCCGGCUCCUACAGACACGGGAGCGACUCAGAGCAUGAUCCCGAUUCCACGUCGAGAGGAUCUGGCAAAGACGUCACCAUGGACCAAGUGCUUGGAGGUUUCUGGUCUGCCAAAUCCCGUGGCAUCAGCUGGAUAAAAGAUCCUGAUGGUGGCGAUGGUCUUUUGCUCGAGGUCGAUUCUGCAAGUGGCUACCUGGUCGUAGAGGAUGUACGCGCCGACAAGCGAGGCAACGAUAUCGCGUCUCGGCAAACCGUCGACACCCAGCCCGCCAAGCCUCGAGUACUGAUGAAGGAUGCUAACUUCAUGUACAAUAAUGAAAUAAAAAGGCCUGACUGGAACGAGCCCAGCCCGGACCUGAAAAAGGUUCUGUUGGCUGUCGACGUCGAAAAGAACUGGCGCCAUUCCUUCCGGGCAACGUAUUUCAUCCUCGAUGUCGACACCGCCCAAGUUCAACCCCUCGUGCCCGACAAUGUCAACGCCAGAGUGCAGCUGGCCAACUGGAGCCCCAAGAGUGACGCCGUUUCCUUCACCAUGGACAACAACAUCUACAUCCGUCGCCUGGGCCAAGCUAAUGACGUGGUGCAAAUUACCAAGGACGGAGGACCCGAGUACUUUUACGGUAUCCCCGACUGGGUCUACGAAGAAGAAGUCUUCUCCGGCCGCUCAGCAACCUGGUGGUCCGACGACGCCAGGUAUCUCGCAUUUCUGCGAACCAACGAGACGGCCGUGCCCGAAUACGCCAUCCAGUACUACAUUCAACGUCCGUCAGGCAAGAAACCCGCCGUGGGCGAGGAGGCAUACCCCGACCUUCGCAAGAUCAAGUACCCUAAACCAGGAGCGCACAAUCCCGUUGUCGAUGUACAGUACUACGAUAUUUCAAAGGGCGAUGUUUUCUCCAUCCCCACCCCCGGCGAAUUCCCCAACCACGACCGCAUCAUCUCCAACGUCCUCUGGGCCGGCAACAAGGUACUCCUCAAGCAGUCCAACCGCAUUGGUGACUUCCUCAAAGUCAUUCUUGUCGACCCCUCGGAACGCCAAGCCAAAAUCGUCAACAGCAUCAACAUCGCCGAAAUUGACGGCGGAUGGUUUGAGAUCUCACACACAAUGACAUACAUCCCGGCCGACCCCAGCAGAGGCCGCCAGCAAGACGGCUACGUGGACACGGUUAUCCACGAGGGCUACGAGCACGUCGGCUACUUUACACCCAUUGACAACCCCAAGCCAAUCAUGCUCACAGAUGGCUCGUGGGAAGUUGAAGAUGCCCCGUCAGCAGUCGACCUAGACAACAACCUCGUCUACUUUGUCGCCACCAAAGAAUCCUCCAUCCAGCGCCACGUCUACUCAGUCAAGCUAGAUGGCUCCAACCUGACCUCACUGACCGACACCUCCUCCGAGGGCUACUACGGAGUAUCAUUCUCCUCGCGCGCUGGCUUCGCGCUCCUUUCCUACAAAGGUCCCAAAAUACCAUACCAAAAAGUCAUUUCCACCCCUUCCAACCCGGUCCAGUUCUCCCGCACCGUCGAGGACAACGCCGACCUCGCGGACAAGGCCAAAAAACACAAGCUCCCCAUCCUCCAAUACGGCACCCUCCAGCUGCCCGACGGCGUGUCCGUCAACUACCUCGAGCGCCGGCCACCACAUUUCAACCCCAAGAAGAGAUACCCCAUUCUCUUCCAGCAAUACUCGGGCCCAAAAUCCCAGGCCGUCACCAAGAGAUUCGCCGUUGACUUCCAGUCUUACGUCGCCUCAUCCCUUGGCUACCUCGUCGUGACCGUUGAUCCGCGUGGCACAGGCUUCCUCGGGCGCCAGCAUCGCGUCGCCGUCCGGUCGCAGCUCGGCCUUCUCGAAGCCCAAGACCACAUCGCCGCGGCAAAACACUACGCGUCCCUCCCCUACGUCGACCCCUCGCGCCUCGCAAUAUGGGGCUGGUCCUACGGCGGCUUCCAGACCCUCAAAACGCUCGAAGUGGACGCCGGCGAGACAUACUCCUACGGAAUGGCGGUGGCCCCCGUCACCGACUGGCGCUUCUACGACAGCAUCUACACAGAGCGCUACAUGCGUCUACCGCAGGACAACGUCGCCGGCUACGACGCGUCAGCCGUCCAUAACGCCACCGCCCUCGGCAUGAGCAAGCGCUUCCUCGUCAUGCACGGCACCGCCGACGACAAUGUCCAUUUCCAGAACUCCCUCAAAGUGUUAGAAUACUUGGAUCUAGCAGAGAUAGAAAACUACGACGUGCACGUGUUCCCAGACAGUGAUCAUAGCAUUACGUUCCACGGCGCCAAUAGGAUGGUGUACGAUCGACUAAAUGACUGGCUCAUUAAUGCAUUCAAUGGCGAGUGGCUCAAGAUAGCGCACCCAAAGCCUGUUGACGCCAGGAAGAGGCGGCACGUGUAG